AAUCGUUGAACCGCCACAAUCGAAUAUAAACGAUCAAAACGUGCCGUUGGAAUUUAAUUUGGUCAAUCAGAUAGUACGGACCUACAUCAAGUUAACUUACAUCGUCAUGCCAUAAUCUUUGUGGCUACGAAAUUCGUGUUUACCAUGGCUCAAGCAGAAUCCGUUAGCAGAAAGGAUAAUUACGUGAUGCAUGAUCAUCAAACCACGCCAAAAAAGAAAGUAUCAAUACCGCUUGGAUCAUGUGGCAGCGGCAACAACAGCACGAUGGGAAAUGAUUCCAUCUUCCGCACGUUGGAGAAUUUCACUGCACCGAACGGGACGGUCAGUCCAAAGCUGCCAACGAUUAAGGACUUCAGUAUCCUGAAACCAAUAAGCCGCGGUGCGUUCGGGAAAGUAUUUCUAGGUUAUAAGAAGAGCGACCAGAAGCAGCUGUACGCCAUAAAGGUUAUGAAGAAGACGGAAAUGAUCAACAAAAACAUGGUGUCGCAGGUGAUUACGGAGCGAAACGCGUUGGCCCUGUCGCGCAGUCCGUUCUGCGUGACGCUAUACUAUUCCCUGCAAACCCUGUCGUCGGUGUACCUGGUAAUGGAGUACAUGGUUGGCGGGGAUCUCAAGUCGUUGCUGACUAUGUACGGUUUCUUCGACGAGCCAACGGCCCGGUUUUAUGCAGCCGAAAUCUGUCUGGCAUUGCAGUAUUUGCAUGGCCACGGUAUCGUACAUCGGGACAUCAAACCGGACAACAUGUUGGUGGCAGCUUCCGGACACGUUAAGCUAACCGACUUUGGUCUCAGCCGCAUCGAAAUGCGAAGGGAUCUGGAGAUAUCCGACCUGAUCAACUGCUCGCCAAACCUGAACGCACGGACACCCGGCCAGUUGCUUUCGCUGACGUCGCAUCUUUCUUUCGGAUCGCACGACAAACGUAUCGGGGCCGAUGCAAUCGCCUCCUACCCUACCAACGCUCCUAUACGGGAGCAGACAUCCGACCAGGAGUCCGAUUGUUCGUUUGAUCGCGAUCGGCAACAGAACGACACCAAAAUCUCCGGCGUCAGUCCGUUUUUUUCGGCCGAACAAAACAUCAGCUCAUUCGAGGAUGUGAAAGUACGGGCCACCGAGGCUACGGUUGUGGAAGAACGGUUCGAUUCGUCGGCGUAUUAUACGUGCAAUUCCAGUGAGGAUGUGAAAACAACCAGCGAAGAGGGAAGCUACGAAUCUGUGAAGAAUGUACCCAUAGUGGUGGUGAAAGAGGAAACCCUGGCGGAUGAGAAGGAAAACAUCGAAAGUACCAAUCGGAUGGACGAGAUACGCGGUACAACGUCGGAAAAGGAUCCCUUUGAAUGUUUAAUGGUUUCCAAAAAGAUGCAUCGCAACUACACUGAAGAUUCCGGUGUGUCGAGCCGGAAGAGCGACAUGUCGAACAUUCCAUGCGAAAUAUCGGCCAUUGAGAAGGUUGGGCAGCAUAACAACAGCAACAAGGAUGAAUACUUCAGUUCGGACUUCUCAAGAAGUUACAGCAUGAGCAACGUAACGGAAUCAUCACAUCACUCUCCAGUUCGGAACGGUACCCGAGGGUUCAAGAUGCCAGAAUACUUCAGGGGUAUAAAAAGAGGGCGCCAACUAAUGAGCCGGGUCGAUUCGCUCGCUUCGGACGUAGACGGCAGUUCCGUGGCAAGCACAGGCCUUACGCAAGAAAUCGAUGUGCUGGAUAUAUGCGGCGAUGUGCACCGGAGCACGCCGAAGAAACGUAAAGCCACGUCCCCGAUCAAGGGUGUGCUUAAGGUGCGCUCACUGUCCGACGACGAAAUGCAAACGAACGAAAAUGUGAUAGCCAACGUGAUGUUUUCCACGCCCGUAUCGUCGCAAAAGAUGCGUCGCGAGGGGGGCCAGCUGGGGAAACUGAAGAGCACCCGCUUCCAGCUGCCCUCUUCGAUCGAGCAGUCACGCAAAGCGAAAGAGUAUAGCGAAGCCCUGCCGCCGCCUCCACAAUUCAUCAAGAUGCCGGACGAGUCCGUAAUGUCACCGAUUUGCACCGGCAAUGCGACGACGACCACCUGCGACAGCACGGCCGGCGGUUGCGGGGCCGAUGGAAGUGUCCUAGCGGCGGUCGAAAACACACCGAAAGCCGUUAAGACUCCAUUCCGCACGCCUAAAUCAGUCCGUCGGGCACCGAUCGCCUCGGACGAGCGCAUACUCGGCACCCCAGACUAUCUGGCACCGGAGCUGCUUCUCCAGCAGGGGCAUGGACCGGCGGUAGACUGGUGGGCGCUAGGGGUGUGCCUGUACGAGUUCCUCACCGGUGUGCCGCCAUUCAACGACGAGACGCCCCAGAAGGUGUUCGAAAACAUUCUCGGACGAGUCAUCGAAUGGCCGACCGACGAUGAGGAGCUUUCGCCGGAGGCGGUCGGGGCGGUUGAGCAGUUGCUUGAGAUGGAUCAACUAAAACGGCCGGCCGCGGAGCAGAUGCAGCGGAUGGCGUUUUUUGCCACGAUCGAUUGGAAAAAUAUGAGCUUGCUAACACCACCGUUCGUGCCUAACCCAGACGACCCGCAAGAUACAGGAUACUUCGAGGCCCGAAACGUGCUGCAACAUUUGAAGAUGUCAAACUUUGAUAUGGAUGCUUACUGAAAGGGAGGGUGGAAGUUUAAAAAAAAAAGAUAAUGAACAAGAUAGGAACUGCGACCGACUGAAUGUAACAAGGAAUAUAAUAAGUUAGACAAAGAGAGAUAGAGUAUGAUGAGUCCAUUCGGAGUCCGUAAUCGAAUGCGGGCGUAGUAAAUCAAUCCGAUGUCUCCGAUAGAGCACAGCUGGAUACUGGCCGCGAGGAUAACACAAAAUCCAAUCAUAAAAAGAAAAAGAUACAGUUGAAAUACAACCUACCGCCGGCAAAAGCUCGGAGGUGUAUGCUUUGCGAGUUUGAAUUAAUUAGGAACGAAUUAGCAUUUGCACGCAACGAUGAAUCAUCGGAGAAGACUGAGAGCAUAGGAAACACCUGUGAGGCGGACAGUGCAGCGCUAUAAGGUGACAUCGGCGGCAGUGUAUUAGUGUGUAUGUGUUUCGUUUUACAUAAUAGGUUAGCUUUUUUUAAAUAUCUGUUAUGACCAUUUCACACAUUCGAGGGUUAUUCUGGUUUGUGUUAAAUUAUUCUAACAUACGUUUUAAGCUUGUGAUAGAAAGGAAAAGUAAUAAAAACCGGAAUAAACGCUAACGGUA